CAGAUCAAAGCUGCUCCCCGAAGCUCACCCCAGCCCAUGUCACCCUCUGAUUUCCUGGACAAGCUCAUGGGACGAACGUCAGGGUACGACGCCCGAAUUCGACCCAACUUCAAAGGUCCGCCUGUCAACGUGACAUGCAACAUCUUCAUCAACAGCUUUGGCUCUGUCACUGAGACCACCAUGGACUACCGGGUGAACGUCUUCCUGCGGCAGCAGUGGAACGACCCCCGCCUGGCAUACCGCGAGUACCCUGAUGACUCCCUCGACCUCGACCCCUCCAUGCUCGACUCCAUCUGGAAGCCAGAUUUGUUCUUCGCCAAUGAGAAAGGGGCCAAUUUCCACGAGGUCACCACCGACAACAAGCUGCUGCGCAUCUUCAAGAAUGGCAAUGUUCUCUACAGCAUUAGGCUGACGCUGAUCCUGUCCUGCCCCAUGGACCUUAAGAACUUCCCCAUGGACAUCCAGACGUGCACCAUGCAGCUGGAGAGCUUUGGCUACACCAUGAAUGACCUCAUCUUCGAGUGGCUGGAGGAGCAGGAAGCUGUGCAGGUGGCAGAGGGUUUAACACUCCCACAGUUCAUCCUCAGGGAUGAGAAGGACCUGGGCUAUUGCACCAAGUACUACAACACAGGCAAGUUCACCUGCAUCGAAGUGAAGUUCCACCUAGAGAGGCAGAUGGGUUACUACCUGAUUCAGAUGUACAUCCCCAGUCUGCUCAUCGUCAUCCUCUCCUGGGUCUCCUUCUGGAUCAACAUGGAUGCUGCGCCGGCCCGGGUAGGCUUGGGCAUCACCACCGUGCUCACCAUGACCACGCAGAGCGCCGGCUCCCGUGCCUCCCUGCCCAAGGUCUCCUAUGUGAAGGCUAUCGACAUCUGGAUGGCUGUGUGCCUGCUCUUCGUCUUUGCCGCCUUGUUGGAGUAUGCAGCCGUCAACUUCGUCUCCCGCCAGCACAAGGAGUUUAUGCGCCUGCGCCGGCGCCAGCGGCGGCAGAGGAUGGAGGAAGAGCUCGUCCGUGAGAGCCGCUUCUACCUGCGAGGCUACGGACUGGGCCACUGCCUGCAGCCAAAGGACGGCGCUGGGGAGGGCCCUGGCAUCUACAGCUCCCCCCGUGCCAGCAUGCUGCUGCGGGAAGGGGAGAGCCUCCGCAGGCACUACAUCGACCGAGCCAAGCGCAUCGACACCAUCUCCCGAGCCGUCUUCCCCUUCACCUUCCUGGUCUUCAAUAUCUUCUACUGGGUCGUCUACAAAGUGCUGCGCUCGGAGGACAUCCACGCAAUGCCCUGA